AUGCCUCCUCCUGGUGUGUGUCUAAACAUCAUAGAGGCUCGUCACAAGAAAGAUGGUUAUGGGAGCCUCGCUAAACCCGAGAAGUUCCUCAAUCAAGACUUUAAGCAGCUGCAACAGUACUGUCUCAUCCGAGGAGUAAGGUACAUAGACGAUAUGUUCCCCCCAGAUGCAAAGUCUAUCGGCCAAGGGAUACUGAGCCCUUCUGACUUGGCCCGGGUGGAGUGGCUGAGACCAGCGAAAAUUACUAAUGAUCCACACUUUGUGCUUGAUGGAGUCUCCAGGUUUGACUUUGGUCAAGGAAUACUUGGAAACUGCUGGUUUCUUGCGUCGAUCGGAGCUCUGACAUUCCAAAAUGAGAUCUUCCAGCAAGUUGUUCCUCUUGAGCAAACGUUCAGUGAGGAGUACUGUGGGCUGUUCCACUUCAGGUUUUGGAGAUUUGGGAAGUGGAUGGAUGUUGUCAUUGAUGACAAGCUACCAACAGUCAAUGGAAGACUUAUCUUUGUCCAAUCCAAAGACCCAAAUGAAUUCUGGCCUGCUUUGGUGGAGAAAGCCUAUGCCAAGGUGUGUGGUUCCUACAAAGACAUGAGUGCUGGAACUCCUGCAGAGGCUAUGAUGGACUUCACUGGUGGUGUUCACAUGUGUAUCCAGCUGUCAGACCCCCCUCAAAACCUGUUGGAGCUGAUGUACAGAAGUGGCAAAUCUAGAGCACUGAUGAGCUGUGGUACACCUCAAGGGGAGACAUCUGACAACACUGUAUUACCAAAUGGAUUGGUCCAAGGCCAUGCCUACACUAUCACGGGUGUCAAACAGAUGAUGAGUCAAGGGAAACCAGUACACCUGUUGCGUUUGUGGAACCCCUGGGGCAAAGGAGAGUGGAAAGGAGAUUGGAGUGAUCUGUCAUCUUUGUGGCAAACUGUGAGUGCUCAAGACCGUGAAGAAUGCCUUUCUGUUGCCGAUGAUGGAGAGUUUUGGAUGACCCUGAAAGACUUCUGUAAAUUCUACGUGGAUCUUGACAUCUGCUGCACGAGUCCGGACUUCCUUGAUGGAGGCUCCUCCGGUCAUUGGAAGACCUCAGUGUAUGAAGGCAGAUGGGUUGCAGGAACCACUGCUGGAGGAUGCACAAAUAACAGAGACAGUUUCUGGACUAAUCCACAGUAUCGGGUGAAGGUUGACGGGGACAACUUUGAGAAAGAUGGUGAGAAAAACAUGCUGGUGUCUCUCAUGCAAAAGCCUGACAAGAGAAACAGACGCCUGGUCCAAAAUCUCCAUAUUGGAUUCGGUAUAUAUGAGGUGACUGAAAAAGACAAGGGACAAAUGGGGAAGUUCCCAGCCUCUUUCUUCAGCACUCGUGCACCUGUCGCUCAAACUAAAACCUACAUGAACGCACGUGAUGUGAUGGAGUUCAUCAUGCUGAAGCCUGGUGAAUACGUGAUUGUGCCUUCCACCUUCAAUCCCAACGACACAGCCUCCUUCCUCCUGACCAUCCUCUCCAAGGCAGAGACCCAUGGCUAUGAGAAUUCUGGUUACCCUAACCGUGAAGCAGAAAAGCUCAAACAGGUCGCAAGUGUAGAGGAGAACGAAAAUAAGAAAUCCUAUUUCCGCCAGUACUCUGACAAGUAUGAAGAAGUGGAUGCUGAGCAGCUCCAGAGACUGCUAAAUGAACAGUUCCUGAAAGGAGACUUGAAAUCUGGAGGUUUCACCAUUGAUGCCUGUCGCAGCAUGGUUGCUCUGAUGGAUUCAUCAAUCACUGGCAAACUAAAUGGUGAGGAAUUUGUCCAUCUGUGGAAUAAAGUUGCCUCAUACAAGGAAAUUUUUUUCCGCACAGAUGUUUCACGAACAGGAACACUGUCCCUGAACGAGCUGAGGAAUGCAAUCAUGGCUACAGGAAAAAGUGUCGCAGAUGACAUGCUGAAUUUGAUGGCUCUGCGCUACGGUGCAUCCUCUGGACACAUGACACUGGAGAGCUUCAUCAGUCUGAUCCUUCGCUUGGACUGCAUGUACAAAAUCUUCAAACAGUUGUCUGAUGGAAAAUCUUUGAAUCUUCAAGAGUCAGAGUGGAUGUACAUUUACAUGUACACUUAA